AGAGAGAGAGAGAGAGAGAGAGAGAGACGAACUGCAAUAUCAUUUGUGAAUCCCUCUCAGUGCUGCAGAUAGGGGCUGCCAACACAUGCGGCGCGUCUGCAGGUGAGGGAACAGGCUGAAUUUGCCGGACACACCGAAGAAACCAGCGAACGCCUCCUCAAACCUGCGUCGGAUUUACAUUUUGCAAUGUUUCCGCAUGUUUUUUCUGUCUAACAGAACCCUCGCUUUUCAUCGGGUUCUGCGUUGUGGAGUUGACUCUUAAGAGGAGAGGAGGAAAAAAAAAAACACAACUACAGGCUACUGUCUGCUGGUCGCAAGUGACUUGGAGGAAGAGAGCAGAACGGGCGGCCGGACAGGUAAUUCGCUUCAUAUUCACACCCUCGUGCCCGGACUUGACGCGCUGUCAAGAUCCCGCUGCAUGAUGAGUUUGGAAACUGCGCGGGCACGUAAAUGAUCCUCUGACAUACGUGGACGUAUCGUCGGGCAGCGGGAUCCUGCAGCCCGAGAGCUUCCAACCGCAAGCUGCGAGUGAACGACGCUCGUGGACGUUUCCCCCCCCCUUUUUGGCGAUGCGCCGCUCGGACUGUAACAUUUUGGCUCCGACGCGCACGGAAUCCACAUAGUCGGUGAGCGACGCCGCCCGGAGCGCACGGAGUCUCCCCGCUGUGCCUUUAUUAUCGCCGCGGUGUGCUGUAGUAGAACAAGGGGGGAACGCAACUCACACCCAGAGCCGCAGGAGGAGACGCGGGGAGGAGAGGGACGCGUGUGCACUUGCCGCUUUUUCACUGCAGCAGGAGCGAUGUAGGAAGUCGUCCGGAGGAUGAAGUGUCGCGCGUUACAAAACCGAGGGCUGUGCUCUUAACGAAUCGACGCCUCCUCUCCACAUUCGGACUUUCUGUCAGUGAUUAAAUCAUUCCUUGGCACGUUUUCAAACAUAACUGGACAUUUUUUUCAGGGGAGAACCAUGAGGACUACUGGUGCAGUGGACUAUUUGUACUAUUGCGUGCUCAUCCUGCAGCUCGUGCAUCAGCCCGCAGCCAAGCAAGUGCUCCGGUACCGCUUGGCUGAGGAGGGACCCGCCGACAUCCGAGUCGGCAACGUAGCCGGCGACCUGGGCAUCGUCGCGGGGUCCGGCGAGGUGACGUUCACGCUGGAAUCCGGCUCCGAUUUUUUCAAAAUAGACAACAUCACAGGUGAGCUCACCACCAACGAAAGGCGGAUAGACCGUGAGAAACUGCAGCAGUGCCAAAUGAUAUUUGAUGAAAACGAGUGUUUUAUAGAUUUUGAAGUGUCAGUCAUCGGACCGGCCCAGAGCUGGGUCGACCUCUUUGAGGGAAAAGUCAUUAUAUUAGAUAUCAACGACAACACUCCCUCGUUCCCUUCUCCUGUCCUGACACUUUCUGUGGAGGAGAACAGACCCAUUGGAACCCUUUAUCUGCUGCCCACAGCCACAGACCGAGAUUUUGGCAGAAAUGGAAUAGAGAGAUAUGAGCUUAUCCAGGACAAUGGGGAGAACUCAAGACGUCUGGGCUCCUCUGGGGAUUCGUACUCAGGCAAGAGGAGAUUUGAGGAAGGCGCGAGCAGGAGCAGCGUCUUUGAACUGCAAGUUGCUGACACCACUGACGGAGAGAAGCAGCCUCAGCUCAUCAUUAAAGGGGCCCUUGAUAGGGAACAGAGAGACUCCUAUGAGCUCACGCUGCGCGUUCGGGAUGGAGGAGACCCUCCGCGCUCCUCCCAGGCCAUACUGAGGGUGAUGAUCACCGACGUGAAUGACAACAGCCCCCGCUUCGAGAAGAGCGUGUACGAAGCCGACCUGCCGGAAAACAGCUCCCCCGGCGCCCCCAUACUGCAGCUCAAAGCGGCCGACGCCGACGUGGGGGUCAACGGCCAGAUCGAGUACGUGUUCGGGGCCGCCACCGAGUCGGUGAGGAGGCUGCUGAGGCUGGACGAGAGCACGGGGUGGCUGAGCGUGUUGCACCGGAUUGACCGCGAGGAGGUGACCCAGCUGAGGUUCACGGUGAUGGCCCGCGACCGGGGCCAGCCACCGAAAAUGGACAAGGCCACUGUGGUGUUGAACAUCAAGGACGAGAACGACAACGUCCCCGCCAUUGAGAUACGGAAAAUCGGCCGCAUCUUCUUGAAAGACGGGAUAGCGAACGUGGCGGAGGACGUGGUGGUGGACACGCCCAUCGCUCUAGUGCAGGUGUCAGACCGUGACCAGGGGGAGAACGGUAUCGUGACCUGCACUGUAGUCGGGGAUGUGCCCUUUCAGCUGAAACCGGCCAGUGAAAUGGAGGGCGAGCAGAACAAAAAGAAGUAUUUCCUCCACACAUCUGCGCCGCUGGACUACGAGGCCACACAGGAAUACAACGUGGUCAUAGUGGCCGUGGACUCAGGAAGCCCCAGUCUGGCAAGUAAUAACUCUCUUAUUGUCAAAGUGGGCGACACUAACGACAACCCUCCCAUCUUCAGCCAGAAUAUAGUAGAGGUGUCGUUUCCAGAAAACAAUGCCCCCGGUGAGAGGGUGACAACAGUGGCAGCCAUUGACGCAGAUAGCGGGAAGAACGCUGAAAUAGCCUAUUCCCUUGACUCAUCAGUAAAUGGGAUUUUCUCUAUCGAUGCAGACAGUGGAGACAUCCGUGUAAACACCAUUCUGGAUAGAGAGCAUACAGAGCGCUACGAAUUCAAAGUGAUAGCCAAAGAUAAGGGCAUAAACACCCUUCAGGGCUCCGCAACAGUGGUCGUCCUUGUGGCCGAUAAGAACGACAAUGAACCAAAGUUCAUGCAGGACGUGUUCACCUUCUAUGUCAAAGAAAACCUUGAGCCAAACAGCCCAGUUGGCAUGGUUACAGUCAUUGAUGCAGAUAAAGGCCAAAAUGCACAGAUGAGUCUUUUCAUCGAAGAAGAGGAGGACAUCUUCUCCAUUGAGAAUGACACUGGGACUAUUUUCUCCACCUUGUCCUUCGACCGGGAGCAGAAAACCACGUACACCUUCCGCGUCAAGGCCGUGGAUGGCGGCGAACCCCCGCGCUCCGCCACCGCUACGGUGUCCCUCUUUGUCAUGGACGAGAACGACAACGCGCCCACGGUCACGUUCCCCAUCAACAGCUCCUACACCCUUCUCCCCCCCUCCAGCAACGUCAGAACGGUGGUGCGAACCGUCCUGGCCACUGACAGCGACACCGGCAUCAACGCCGACAUCACCUUCAGCAUCAUCGGGGGAAACCCCUUCAAGCUGUUCGAGAUCGACGGCGGCACCGGGGUCAUUUCGCUGGUGGGCAAACUGGAGCAGAAGCACUACGGCCUCCACCGGCUGGUGGUGCAGGUGAACGACAGCGGGCAGCCGUCGCAGAGCACCACCACGUUGGUCCACGUGUACGUGAACGAGACAGUCUCCAACUCCACUGUCGUGGAGACCCAGGUGGCCAAGAGCCUGAGCACGUCCCUCAAUACCAACAUCGCAGGCGACCCCAACUAUGACCUCAGCAAGCAGCGGCUGAGCAUCGUGAUCGGGGUGGUUUCCGGCAUCAUGACCGUCAUCCUCAUUAUCCUCGUGGUUGUCAUGGCCCGCUACUGUCGGCCCAAGAACAAGAACGGCUACGAGGCCGGCAAGAAGGACCACGAGGACUUCUUCACGCCGCAGCAGCACGACAAGUCCAAGAAGCCCAAGAAAGAUAAGAAGAAGCAGAAGUCCAAACAGCCGCUGUACAGCAGCAUCGUCACCGUGGAGGCCUCCAAGCCCAACGGGCAGCGCUACGACGGCGUCAACGAGAAGCUGUCGGACAGCCCAGGCAUGGGCCGCUACCGCUCGGUCAACGGAGGGCCCGGAAGCCCAGACCUGGCCCGCCACUACAAGUCCAGUUCGCCUCUACCCACUGUACAGCUUCACCCGCAGUCCCCGACCGCGGGGAAAAAGCACCAGGCCGUUCAGGACCUGCCCCCUGCCAAUACCUUUGUUGGCACCGGAGAUAACAUUUCCCUUGGAUCUGACCACUGCUCUGAAUACAGCAGCCAGACCAUCAACAAGUACAACAAACAGCCGUUUCGCCGAGUGACCUUCUCGGUGGUGAGCCAGCCCCAGGACCCUCACCAGCAGGGAUCGCUGCAGAGCUGCUACGACAGCGGCCUGGAUGAGUCGGAGACGCCCAGCAGCAAGAGUUCGUCGGGCCCCGGCUGGGCGCCCUUCCCCUGCCCGAGGACAGCUACGAGAGGACAACGCCGGAUGGCAGUGUCGGUGAGGCAGAGCACAUGGAAAAUGGAGAAAAAGAGCAUUAAAAACUCUCGGCCCUUGCCUGACGUAGCCAUGACCGGCAAGUGCACCCGGGAAUGCGACGAGUACGGCCACUCGGACUCCUGCUGGAUGCCUGUGCGCACGUCGCCCGAGAGACGGCCAUCAAAGUCAACCACCACCCCCCAACAACCAAAGCUUUCCACUUUCAUGAGCGGCAACGGUAGCGGCAGCAGCAGCGCCGAGCAGCCUGGAAGCCAAGAGACCCUCGCCAUGGCCGCGAUGGCCAAUGGAGACCCCACCGCCUCGCACAUGAUGGGCGACCGCAAUCGCAACCUGCUCAACAAAAAGAUGGCCUCCUCCUCCUCCUCCUACGAGGCGUUCAGCUCGCCUUCCUACGGCUCGCCAGGAGGCGGGGAGGAGGUGCUGGGCCACCCCACAGAGGAGAUCCCCUUGGCACCCACUGGGGAGUACAAGCCCACAACUUGUGGUACUCUCACGCGGCGGGAGGUGUACCUGUAGGCUGACGGGCUUGAAAGGCACCUACUGUGUCACAACACAUGGCAUUAAAUUACAACUCUAAGCGUAGUUGCUUGCCUGCCACCUUUACAGAUCUAGAAGCUUUUUUAGCUGCCCUUGUUCUUCGCAAGGUAGGACUAAACUUUCUCCAAAGACUUUACGACAGCUCCUUAACGAAAGCUCUAAGUGGAUAUACAAACAUAGUACCAUUUUGCAAAGUGCUAAUUCCACAAAUGCCCUGGAAGAAUGGAGGAGGUGGAGGCAGUGUUGAGGGCACUGAUUGGACUAAUGGAAUGAGGCUGUUCCACUGGCGAGUCCGGCUCUUGGGACACAAUCUGCUGCCUGACAGUAAAUCUGUAUAAUAACAACCCAUUUUACAUAUACAGUACAUGCAUGCUUUACCCUGUUCCCAGUGAAGGCCCUACCCUCUGAGGAAGAUGACCGCUUCUGCUUUUUUUCUAGAAACACUGUAAAUGUGGACCGUUUUGACUUCAAAGUGUAACUAGUUAUGCCUUUUCUAAGCUCAGAGGGCAACACUUGACCCAGUCUGUGGCUGCAAGAUUCCACCGGACGUGAUGGUCUGUCUCACACUGGGCUGUCCAUGAGUUCUGUCAUCUUGACUGUUUGUGAUAAAAGUUGACCAAAACGUGACGUUCAUAUGUUGUGAGGUUGGGAAAGACUAAGCUUUAACUAUUCAGCCCAGGAAACAACGUUCAUGUCAGUCCUCUCUUGAAACGGACAGAAACGAGGUCCAGUGGAUUUCGUUGCGGCCAACAACAGCCGCAACUCUGUUCAUAUGAUAAACAAUGACUGAUUCUAACUUAGGAGUGUGCACGCUCUUCACAGAUGAAAAGUUACUCAUUGUACAUAAAUAUAGGACCACAACAGCAACGGCUUUCAUUUCCCUUUGUCUCUCUACCUUCCUCAGUCUCUCAUUCUUUGUCCAUGAUCAUUGGGAUUGGGAUCAAACUCCCCUUUUCGUCUAACAAAUGAUCUGUCACCUGGAAUUGUGUGUUCAUGGUUGUGCAUACUUGGAGUAUUUCAGUGGGAUGCUGCUCUUUAUAGCAUUACAUUCUUACCCGGUUUCUCUCAAUUUUUCACAAAUGCAGAUUCAUUCAACCGAGGCUGCUAAAGAUUCGGGGCUAAGCCCAGAAAGUGGCACAAGGCCGUCAGAGUUAUGGAGGCGAAAUUGGAUUUUAGUGUGGGUAUGGGUCACACAUGCAGUAUAUAAUAGGUGUGUAUAGGCCUUAUUUAGUGUAGUUAUUGUCCAUUAGAAGAGUGGCUAAUCCAGUCCUAACAGAGCUGCCAGGUUACUGUUAUCCCUUUUUUUAUAAUAGACUGAGCAAUAAAUAUUAUAACAUACACGACUGACAAGCAUCGACUUCUUUUUCACUUCUCAAGCCUUCAACGUGACACUGACCCACAUGGCUGUCUGCGAUUUCCUUUUUAGCACCAGUAGAAGUUGCUUUCCGUAGUAAACGCCGAUGGCAUCUUUGAGCACGAAUGUAAGAAUCAGCUCAAGAGAACAAUCAAAAAGCUACGUGCGACAGAGCAGAUGCAGCGCCAGGACGGUUUUGGGAAAGAAAAGAAAAAAAAACUAACAAAAAUGGAGUCAAAGUAAGACCAAAGCUUCGCAAGCGAGAUGAAGCAUUCCCCUGUUUCCUUGAAGUACAACUUCCUUGAGUUUUUGUUUUCAAAUGAAGGGAUGAGCUUAAAUGAUAAGAAUGUGAUGUCUCAACAACACGUCCACAACAUCCCCAGAGCUUUGUGAUCACACACACACACACACACACACACACACACACACACACACACACACACACUUAAACAAUGUUGAGAUGUCGUGCCUCCCCGUCCACAGUGACUUCUUCUGUUUCACAGCUACAGAGGUACAAAGUCUUAUGACUGUAAUAAAGUUAAAGAAUAUCAGAUGCAACAGAACUUUUUGUAUGUUAGCGAAACCCCUUUGGUUUGACCGGACCUGCUUUUUCUGCAUUCCGGGCAAUCUAUAGUCUGUAAGUACUACUCGUCGUUCGAAGGAAAGUGCUCCUAUACUUAUCAACUGUAUACAUAAAUAUUUACUUUUUACUGCACGUUUAAUGGGAACUUACUUCACUUACUGAGAAGGAACAACAAAAAAAAACACAAAAUGUACAAAAAAAUGUUAUCCCUGUAAACAUGGAAAUCCGCCUUGUUGCUUGCUUUUGUUAUACCUAAAGAAACAUUAGUACGACUUAGUACAUUCAUUAAAACCACACACGCACACUGAUGGUUUUUUUAUACUUAAUCCUUGAUCCUCAUCUCUGACACUACACAAACCCUUUCUUUUCUUUCAUUUACAUCAACUUUAUAGCGUACGAUUUGUCAUUUUUUAUCCUUGUAGUUUUACUUUUUAAUCCCAUACAAUAACAGACAAAACCAUGGAAAUAAUCCUCACAAUGUAGUAUGUGUUUUACUUUUUUUCCUUUAUUUGGUGCCACUUUGUAUAUUUAGAGUGCUUCUGAAAAAAGAAAAAAAAAACAACAACAAAAAAAAUACUAGAGUGAAUGCAAAUAUGCAAUUGUGCCUUUUUAUACCGAUUGGUAUGAUUAAAUGUUGGUUUGGAAUGGUGCAUAAACACUGACGCGCUUACACAAGUAGAUGGGAUGGCAUUUAAGAAGAGACUGAAAUAGAUUGGCGGAUCUUAGAUGAAAUCUAAGAUCUAAGAUGAUGUCAGAGGCUUCUCGGUGGAUGACCGGACAAAUGUUGUUCACUCUUGUUGAAAUAUCCAUUCCUAGCAUAGUGCAUUGAAUGAGUACAGGUACAUUCAGAAGUUGCUUGUUGAUAGUAAUAAUACUAAUAAUGGAUUUUUUUGUCGUGUCCCACUCACGUGUAUGACAUCAGAGGUCGGGCAACCUCUGCGCAUGAAACAAGCUCUAGGACCGAUUACAGAAGCAUAGAAAGAUACAGAGUCGGGGGCGAAACGCUUGAAGACAUUUGACUGCUCAGAGUCGAGGAGGCCUAGAGAUAAAAAUGCUAAUGCGACGGUUCACGAAGAGGAGUGGAAGUGGGGUGUCGAAAAAAAAAGCUGCAAGGGAGAGUAGUUGACAGAACACACACCUCACGAAGUGCUCAGCAACACAGUCACACGUAGACUUGGAGCAUGCGACUCAGUAGAUGAUGAAACCUGUCCUACAAAAUAAGCAGGUGCCGCGAUAGAGUGAGAAGAUGCUUCUAGAUCAGGCGAAAGGAAAGAUGCUACAUAUUGGAAACUAUGUGAAAUACAUUGUAAAGUAGUUCAUUGUUCAAACCAAUAGACCAAGUACAUUUUUAUAUUUUCGUAUGGAAAGAGGUUGAUGCUACAUUUGGACAUAUGCAACGUCUGCCGUCAAAUCGUUGCUGCCUUGAGGUGAGUGUUCCGUCAGCGCUGUCCUCUGUCCGUACAGCAUUCACAGUGUGUAAUGAGAUUUGUAAUAUUAACCAUUACUAUUUGUCCUGCGACUUGGAUGUUGAUAUAGAAAUCGAGGAACCAAUUUAUCAUUGUUUAAUAUGAGUCACUAUGCACGCAGCUUAGCUGAACAUGGCAAAGUGUAUUGAACGCAAGUCCACUUCUAUUUAUGAGAUAUUUUACAUAAUUUAAUUUGCUUUUGUACAGGUUUGUGUAAAUAAAUUGCUUGUCAUUUUUGUCUCUGCAGAAAUUAAAAUAUAACAUGUUUAAACCAAA